AUUAAUGACACUAACAUUAAAUGACAAAAAUUAAUAAAUGAUGACUAAGUGACAAAAAAUACUUUACGGCUCAUUAUUAGUUCAUGUUAGCUAAUGCAUUUAAUAAUGUUACAACGCUAUGUAGCCAGACAUUAAAUGUUAUUUUUAAGUCUUAGGAAAAUAGGAACAGGAAUUAUGACUAGUACAGCCAGGUAUUUACUGCUAAAACAACUUGCCAUAAACUGUUCUGUUUUCGUAAAGAAAACUUUCCUGGCUAAGCUAACCAAAAACAAACCUUGAAAAACAAACAUUCUGUAAACCAUCAACUAACGUUAGGAGAACGUUUUGAGAAAAAAUAACGUUAUAGGGUAACGGUUUAAGAACCAAAAAUUGUUAGCUGGGUAUGGGUCGUAUAUUAAAUAGUCAAAAAGUCUUAUAGGAACAGGAAUUACGACUAGUAAAGCCACAUGUAUUUAAUGCUUAAACAACUUCCCAUAAAAACAGCAGCAUUCUCUCUCUGAGGGGCGUCAUGAAUCAGGAGAGCUUGUUGACAGACACGGAAAUCCUGUGGAAUUCAACCAGACGACGACUUUUCUUCCACGUCUGAACUCGACCUGCUAAACUGUUUUUAGUUAAAUGUGCCGUAUGCAUCAGAUUUAUACAUUUAGCCAGGUAUUAAAAAUAACUUUGAGUUCAUAUCAUAAUCCAACAAGGACACUUGACAUCAAGAAGGCUUUUUAUCUGAACCAUCUGUCUGGUUGCAAUAUGGAAACUUCAAAACCUCAAGUAGAGGGAGCUGAAGACAAGACAGACGUUUCAUCUGAACACCACAGCACGAAGCCACACCCUUUCUGUAGAUUUGAUGCUAAUCACACGUACAUAGAAAACAGCAUUUUUAAUGUAACUGAAACAGGUCCUAUAGAUCUCAUACAACCAUGCCAUGAAUACAAAGCAUUCACUAAUACACCAGAAGAAAAAAGAAUGAAAAAAUUUACUGAUGAGGUCAUUCGCUUUGCAGCAGCUUGUAUGAACAGCCGCACAAAUGGCACCAUUCAUUUCGGAGUGAAAGACGAACCGCAUGGACAAAUUCUGGGUGUAAGCAUUCAGAAAACUGAUAAGUUUGAUACAGCUCUGUCACAUGCUAUCGAAGCACAUUUUUCACCAGGUCAUGUUCAGAUAGCAAAGAUCUGUAUUAAACCCCCCCGAUUUGUUGAAGUUCUCAAAGCUGACAAGACACCUGCAAAAAAAUAUGUAAUCGAGGUAGAUGUUGAGCCAUCCUCUGUAGUCUGUAAAGACUAUUUGUUUUACAUUAGUAAUCUGAACAAAGAUGAGAAGAAGAAGAAAUAUGACAAGUCUUUCUUUAUAAGAGACCGCGGCAGCAGCAGCACUCUUACAGGUAAGCCCUUGGAAAAGUAUGAGAAAAAUACCAAAGAUAUAUCCCAUCCAUGCCAGUUAAGGAAGGAAGCUGAAGAAAAGCAUCUCUCUGCUGUCAAAAACAGUGUGCAUGGCUCUAAACUGUGUGAUAUGAUAACAGGCGGGACCGGCUCUAUGGACAAGUCAAACUAUGAACGGUACAUCGUGGUGGCUAACAAGUCCCAUCCGACUCAACUGGAAAACCUGCGAUUCCUUCUUCACAUGAAACUAGCGGCUGUUUUGGAUUUCGAUCCAGAAUCUGCUGAGCAUGGAUUGAAUACAUUAUUUAAAGAGAGAAAAACGGUCAGUGUUUACUCACCAACUCAGUAUAAAACUGCAAGUGUGAUUAAAAACAAGACAAACACAAGCUGGGUUUUCUGUAAUGGAGGCAUCAAUGGGGAAGAGCCCUCUGAUGCUCAUAAGGGAUCUUCUGUGCGUGAUGUUGUUUCUUUACUGUUCCAAACUGCUGUGGGGCAUCCCAAGAAAUUUCUUGUUAUAUUCUUGCUGUUAAGUGAGGUGAACGAUGCCACAGACCCUUUACUUGAGACCUUCAGCAUGUUUUUAGAGAAGCUUCAAAAACAAAAUCAAAUCUUAUGCAUCAGUGACAGUGAAACCAAAUUCACCUUCUGGAAGAAUCUUCUUAAGAACCGAUAUAAUAUUGAAAUCUCGAGAAGCAUUUUCGAGCUGAGUUUUGCUGAGGUCAAUGACACUGUGCUCAGUUUGUUCUCAGAGAAUCACAAAUCAAGUCGCUUUCUGCCUUGUUUUGGUGGCGGUAGGGUUGUGCUCACAAAGACAACCGAGGAAUCCUUAGAUAAGCUGAGUGUUCUUUGUGUGAACCAAUGUGAAGGAGAACAUCCAGACAGACGGCAAAUCGAAGAGAGGUUUUACAAGGGGGAGAAGGUGUCUUGGUGGAACUUUUACUUCUCAGAGCAACCCGGGGCAACGGCAUUCUUCAAACGUGACAAGUUUGACUACAUCGUCAACACAAUUAUCCCAGACAUUCAGAAGCAGAACAGAGCUUGUGUGUUUUUCAACAUCCUCCAUGAACCAGACUGCGGCGGCACUGCGUUAGCCAUGCAUGUCUUGUGGAAACUCAGGGAAAAAUUUCGUUGCACAGUGCUGAAGGACACAGUGCUGAAGGACACAACCGAUAACCUUACUACUGUAGCCAAACAGGUAGCGGACCUGCUAACAUAUGAGACAAAAGAGAAAGAAACACGACUUCCCGUUCUGCUCAUGAUCGAUAACAUCCUAUGCCAUCCUAAAGUUUUGGAACUCCAAAAUCAAAUCGAGAAGGAAUGUUCGAACCGGAACAUUUUUUCCAAGUCCCCACAAGUCAUAAUUGUGAACUGCAUGAGAGUUGAAUCCUGUGAACAGACUGAAGGAACCGAUGAUGCAGUUGCUAUUGGAAACCAAUUAUCCGAGAAAGAAUACAAACAGAUUGGGGACAUGCUUAGGACGUAUGCAAAUGCUGAAACAUUUUUGUUGCCUGCAUUUCUGAGGUACAACUUUUCACCUGACCUCACUCAAAGUGUUGUAAAAAACACACUGAAUGGAUUCAACUUUCAACACAAGCCUGCUCAACUUUUUGCCAUUCUUGUUCUCUUGGAUGUCUACUGCAGGGAUGCAUCGAUGUUAGUCUCUACAUGUGAAGAGUUUCUUGGUCUGCACUCUGAAUCAGGCAAAGUUGAAGAUGGAUUGAAGAAGUUUAACGUUCUUUUGAGAAGACGCACAGUUGCUUCCAAACCUCACUUGGAAGUCAUGAAGGUUAUUCACCCAGCUGUAGCCGAGUACUCUUUAAAAGAGCUUUCGGCUUCUCAUUCUGUGACCAGGGCAGAAAUUACGAACCUUCUGCUCACAACAAACUUAUUUUAUGACUCCGCUCUGGGGAGAAAACAUUUUAUGCAGAACAUCCAAAGCAUGUUGGUGAAGAGGCAAAAUUUAGCAAAUGGUGAAGACUUUACUUUAUCUCCUCUUAUCCAACAUAUAAAAAGCGAGACUCCAGGCAGGGAAGGGACUGUUUUACUCAAUGCCAAAAAGUGGUUUACAACGGAUACAGCAAUAUUACAGUUCCUUGACAGUAACAUCAACUUGGAAAGAUCCUGAAAUAGAACAAACUCUCAAAAAUGUUUCAGUGUUUGUAUCAUUUGCCUUCUGCUCUUGAUUGCUCUCACGACUGGUCUUUUGAUUGGUGUGCUUGUUUGGUUAUUUAAUUUAUAUUUAAUUGGUAGUUUAUUCAUCUUUGGUGAAGACGUAGUUAAACAAUCAGGAGGCUUCUGCCUGUUUGAAAGGGGGCAGGUUUCCAUGGUAAGGUGUCAGUCAGCCAGCCAUUCAGCACGUGGGCAUCUGUCCAUCAACAAUUAUCAAAUACAGUUUAUUACUGAAAUUAGCGUCACAGCACAUAUAAGUUUCUCAGGGGUGCUGUAAAGGGGGGGGGUUAACAAUGAUGAUUCUCGGGGCCCACGAGUAAGAGGGGGCCCAGAGAAGCCCCCAAAAUUGUGGUGCUAAAAAAUAUUUAAUAGUAAAAAUUAUUAACUUUAAAUUAUUCUAUUUGCUGUUUCCUGGU